UAUACGAAGAAGAAGAAACGAUGGGAGUGUUUUUGUUCGAGGCGAAAUUAUUUUUAUUAUUUUCGCGCUAAGUAGCUAACGAUUUACAAGCAAAUUCAGCUUAAAACGCGACCGCGUACUUGCAACUCUCGCUGUGAUAGAAGGCAGUGCGCUGCCUCGAUGAAAAGGGGCGUGAAAAUACGAAUCGAAAAUUGAGACACCCGCGACCUCCGAAACAAAGUGGGAAAAAUCGAACCUGUGUGCGUGUGUAUUGAGCGUGUAGUGUGUGUGUGUGCUUGUAGAAUAGUAAAUUAAAUUUAAAUUUAAAAAAAGCCGAAUGUAAGGCAAUCCAUAAUUGAAAGAUGCCCAUGUAUAUAGCCUGCGAUGAUCGGUGAUAAUGAGUGCGGCAAUGAGUAAUCGAUAAUCGCGAGUGCGACACCUGAGUAGCAGCAGCAAUAGCAACAACAUCAACAAUAACAGCAGCGACUGCAAAAACAGCAGGCACACUUAAACCGCCCCCCACACACACAUACACACACCAGCAGCAGCGAUGGAGGCGUUGGAAGUGGAGGACACCAGCGAUGACAGCCUGCCCAUGGGAUUCCCAGAAGUGGGCACCUGGAACAGCACCCACAAUGUCUCCUUGAACGACAUGAAUCUGGAUGCGCGCAUGAUAUGGCUGCUGGCGUCGCUGCUGACCACGAUCACCUGGGUGACGUACAUCUCAUUCUACAAUUCCCGCGUGAUUGGGAUGUUGAUAACAAAGAUCGCCAACCGAUGGUUCAUCAAGGGCGCGUACUUCAAGAUCGGUUCGGUGGCCCUAAAUCCACUGGCUGGCAAGAUAAUGUUCCGAGACUUUGUGUACAUCACCUAUGACUACACAGUGCGGGCGCAGGACGGAUACUUCAUAUUCCGCUGGUGGCGCUCCUACGUGCCCAAGGAUGUCUCAGAGGAUCUUUCCCACUCGGACACGCGACUCUCGGUCCAGCUCAAUGGCUAUGAACUGCACAUAUACAAUAGAUCGGAUUUGUACGACACGUUGGAGAAGACCUUUGGACUGGAGCCAUCUUUGCUCAUACCCACGGAUGUGGUAAGCAACGAGGAGAGAAACAAGCUGAAGGAGCACCAUAUGAACCUGGAAAAUGCGCGUCAGAGCCAGAGGAUUCAGAAUGUAAAGAACUCGGAGGCCAUGCAGGCCACCACCUGGCGGGAUCUGAUUCCAGUGAUCAAGAUUGACGUCUGCUCUGGUCGCUUUGUCUUCGGAAACCGAUUGACGCCGACUACUCUCUCGAUUUCCGUGGAGGAGGCCCAUUGCACCUACAGUACCAAGCCAGCUGUCUGCAGAUUGGAUCACUUUAUGCACUUUGUGAAGGCCAAAGUCGAGAAUGCCAAAGUACUCUUUUGUCCGAGUCCCAAAUACACGGGAUUGAUUGAUGAACCACCUCGAUAUAUGGGCGAAGGCUUCGUGGUGAUGAUGUCCAAUCAAAUGGAUUUGUACUUUUACAUGGAUGAACCGGGCGUUGUGCCGGAGCAACCCGUGCAGAUUGUCCUGCCCAACGGCGACGUGGUGGAGCCUUCCCCGCCAGUCUGGGGUAUAAAUGCGAGGUGCCUUAAAGGCACCGACUUCAGUUACGGUCCCUGGGCAGAUCGGCAAAGGGAUCACCUGUACAGGUAUUUUUACCCACCAGAUUGGAAGGAGGCGGAGGUUACACCCACUCCUCAGCCUGGGGAACUACGUAGCUAUCAAUCCUUCGAUGUAACCUUGUGCGUGCUGAAUGAAGCCACUAUUGACAUACUCUUCUCCAAAGAAAAAGAGACGAACGCAAUGCACAUAACCGUGGGACCGGCGUCAUAUGUAGAGGUUACAAUUCCCUGGGUCACCCAUCCCGAUGGUUACACUUCCAAGAUCCAGGGACAGCUCUUCCACGUGGAGGCAACCACUUCGCUGCAGUAUCGCAGCCUGGCAGAGUUUGAAUCCUUAGAGUACAAGGUGCGAAUCCACUAUCCAACCAAGUGGAAUGCACCACAAGAUUGGAGCAUAUCUCUUUCCGGCUGCAAGACAAGUGCUUUCAUUGUGUACAAACACAAGUGCUUCUUUCAGGAUCUCAUUGAGGAUUGGGCGAACAAAGCCAGGCCCGAUAUACUCAGUUUUGUUCCGUAUACCUGCAACUUUAGCAUAAGAUUGCACGAGUUCGAAAUCCUAAUGCUGUGUAACGAGUACAAUUGGAUCGAUUGCAGUAGUGCCAACCAGGAGAAUAAUCAUUUGGCCUUCUGUGGAGACGUGUUUGAGAUGAGUUUCGCCCUGCCUUUCGAUGAUUUCCUGCCCAAGACCGUUACUCUGAAGUUUUGGAUCCACGGCGAGGGUUUAGAUUUGAGCUUGUACGUGCCGGAAGUGUCCUCGGUGCGUCCAAUUGUUUUAGCCAUAGAUGAGAACGCAAGACUGCUGACCAGGGAGGGCAAGCUCAUCCGGCGCCCAGAGUUGUACUCGAAAAAGUGGCGCAAGAUUUGCCAACGCUCUGCCGGUUGGAUCGACUGUUGGGCAGUACCCAUCCUGGCGCUGUCCAUUCAGUAUGUUUACCAUCCGGUUCCGCCUUUAGGACCGGAUCCGCAAGCGGAUAUAACCACGCCAGAAAAAGAAGAGAUUUUACUGAGCCCCAUGCGAAUACCUAAAGUUAGAAAAUCUCCUGUAAGCAACUGGCAGCAGCCACCGGAACAGUAUAGUAACUUUGAUCCCGGAACACUGUCUGCGGAUCAUGUUACUGUGGAACUUGAGAUAGGUAGUUCCGUGCUCAUGGCUUAUGGAAAUGUGCUGCGCAACUUUAUCAACCUCAAGGAGAAUAUUUUCGGUGAGGAUCAGAAUUUUACUGACAUGGAGCAAUCGAAUGUAAAUAUGAAGGAACCUGGAGCUGCCCAACUAAAUCCCAAAGAUCAACUGCUGGCAAAGGAAAAAGAGUUGGCCAACAAAUCCAUUUCCGAAACUCAAGCGCCCGAGGAGAAGCGCAAACCCUUCGAUCCGCGUCUAUAUCGUCCCCUGGAGGUGAUGGUUUCUGUGAUUGUGCAUGACAUCCAGGCGCAUGUUAUGAAGAAUUGCAAUGAAAACGAUCCUCCGUGCCCGGUGGUGCUAAUUGAGAGAUUGGGGUUCGAGAUGAAUAAGAAAUAUCAUGAAACUACCCUGCAGGUACUAGUGAGUCCAUCGUAUUUACUAACCUCGGACUGUCUGCAGCGUUCGCAGCGGGAGCAGCACAUCAAUCAGGGUCACCUGAUGCUCUCAGCAGUCCAGGUUAGGGGUCACGCAAUGUUCAGUAAUGAGGGUUGUGCUCUGGACGAGGAUACCUUGGAGUACUCCUGGCUUGUGGAAGUGCAGCUGGGUAAACUUACCGGAAAACUAACCCUGCCACAGCUGGUGAACGUGGUCACAGGUCUGGAGACACUUAUCCUCCUGGCCAUUGACCCUGAGAACUGCUUGAAGUCACCUAAGACCGUAAGGAACUGCCACCACGGAGUUCCGAGCAAUCUAUGCCCCCAAACCAAGGAGGAGAAGAAGUACAAGUGUCCCACCGCCGAGGAUAUCAAAUACAAAAUGACCCGCGUUUCCGUAGACGCAGUGGAUGUCUAUCUGAUAGAGAGUGGCACAGCAUUGCAUGCUUGGAUCUCGCCUAUCCGUCUGGCAAAUUGUAAUCUUCACGGCCAACGCGUUAAGUCGGGAAUCUCCGGGUUGCUGCCCUCCAUCCUUCUACGCUUAUUUAUGCUUCACACGACGAAUACGUCUUUCAACACCAACACCACGGGCAGCAAUCGGUCAGGUAAACUAAGGCGAGCCGAUCAGGACUCUUUAAAGUCUCAGGAUGCUGGAGUGUCUCAUUAUGGGACGCAUGGAAGGACAGGGAAGCGCAGCUCGAACUCCUUUUCACGGCGAGACUCUCGAGAGGAGGCGACGCGAAAGCUAAGGGAUAGUUUUUCGGAGCCACACACCAAGCGAACACAGGACACAUCAGAGCUUACCGAGAAUUGGGUGGAGGUGGGCUGCACUUCGCUGGGACCCAUUUUACUGGAGGGAGCAUCCGCCCUGCCCAUUCCAGACCACGAACUGCAUCUCGUUCAGCACAAUUUCCUGCGUGAGCACGAUGCCAAGUUCAAGCGUCUUUGGUUCCUGUGGUCCCAUAAUGGAAGUGCCCUGUCCUCUGGCAGUGAGAUCUCGCGUUGUGGAUGUAUCGGUGGAUGUGUCUUCUUUGGAAGCAACAGAAAUGGACAGAAGUUCUUCAAGCCAACGGCACAGGAUGUUCAUGACAACUACAACAUUGCGCGUUACUUCAUUAUCAACAAUAACAAGGACUAUGGUUUCGGCGAGAGCAUUCUCCACCAGGGUCAACUUGUCUUUCACACCCCGCCGUACAGUCUACACUGCGUUUCCCUGUACGAUACAGCCGACUUUAAUGGCAAGGGCCGCCUGUAUCGGCCAGCUGGAGAUCAGCGGAACGGAAGUCUAAAGAAGACUGACCUUUGCUCUCUGCCCGAUGGCACUAAGUUUAAGAUCGGGGCGAGUGGCACAACCGGAGUGGAGAAGCCAGAGCCCAAUUGUCGAAACAAAUCCCGGGAGAGCAUUGGAUCGCCGAAUACCUUGGAAAGGAGGAGCAAGCGGUACCCCUGCACAAGGCAGACAUCCGUUGAGGUACCCUACGCCCGCCUGCUGGAUAGUCCCUCCAAGAAGCUACAGCUCCAGCACGAAGCGUCUGCAGCCGACACAGGAACUGCUCAUCGACGCGGCUCGGAUUCGAACAGGCUGCGGGUGUCACCGCCCAAAACGAGCAUUUCCGACUCUAGACUUACAGGUGAUGUCCUGGAUGAUGAGCAUGAAAUACCGGACGAGAUGUCACACUCGGCACCUCAUUCGCAUCCCUUGGAAUUCGAGAUUGCGGAUAUUGCACUACACGUUCAGGGACUGGGAGGAGAUCACCUACCCCGUGAGGUGCAGCGCACAAUAUCGCUGACAUCGGAGAAUCCUUCGGAGAUGUUCUUUUCCGCCGAAGAAGACAUAUCCAAUGUAUUGUCGCAGCGGGGAUCCAUGAAGCAGCGUAAUAGUGCAAACAGUGGUUCAGUGGUGCUGUCUGGAAAGAAGCGAUUCUCAUCGGACUUAAGCAUUGGAGCCCAAAACGAUAACGGAAGCCACACUUUGCCCACAUAUCGCAGCGAUCUGGAGAUCCAUGCUCCCGAUGGCAACAAAACACUUCCAAAACGCCCGCAGAGCACUACAGAACUGAACGAAGACGCGAGACGCAUUCACGGUCUUGCCACACCAAUAAGAAAAAUAACAAAUAUCUCAUCACGACCUGAGUACCGACAUUUUGUUCAUGAUGCUGAUUCUCGUGGCUCAUCAUCUGGCACCCCAUCAUUGUCUUCCAACUCCUUCAUAUCGGCCAUGUCGUCACAGGAGGAUGUGGCUCUGGUUAAUCUGCACCAGCAGGUCAACCGGCCAAUUAUCGACUCACCUUUGCUGAUGGCCAGCUACCUAAAUCAUCUGUCGCAGGUGAAGUGCUUCAACUGGAAUGGAUGCUCCUUUCCCCUCAGCCCAGAUGUGUUCUCCACGCCUCUUUUCUCCGAGAACGAAGACGGUGGCCUGACCUAUAUUGGUAGUAAGAUGCUGCCCCACUUUGAUCUCUAUUCGUGUUGGCGGGAGAUUAAAGUAGUUCCUCGAUACGAGAACGCCACUGGCAGCAACAGUUCGGCCACAUUUCUGGGUGGACCCAAGUCGCAUCCCUGGGAUCCCAGUGUUCUGCUGAAGGAGGAGGAAUCGGACAAGACCACCAACGGUUUUGAUGAUGGCGAGUUCAUGAGUCUGCAGGCGGAGGGAGGAGCAGCGUGUACAUCGGUGGUGGCCCGGCUAAAAGGACAACUAAAUGUGUUUCUUACCCCGCUCCUGCUGGAGGGAUUACAACGAAUGGUGGAGGCCGCCGUCCCAACUAUCCAGUCGAUGCAUUUGCUCUCGGUGGUGAACUUUAUCCACACUUCCUGCAUUGCCAAGGUGAACAACGACAACAUCCUGAAGCGGGACCAGAGUCUGAGCUAUUGGUCCCAGGUGCACUCCAACUCCAAACGUUCCACAACUGAGAGGCACCUCCAGGGACCCGGGGACUCUUUCCUCAGUGAUGUCUACGAGGAGAGUAUCUCGACCAAGACUCAGGGACUGAUUGUGCUGCCCAAGGUCAGCAUCACCAUGCUGCAGUCCUCCAUUGUCGAGGAGAUUAUCUCAGUGGCAGCGUUGGAUAACGUGCAAGACCUGAGCUGCGUCUCACUGCUGACCUUCUACAUGGAGGGCAUUUCCACAAAGUUCCACCUGGGUAAGACGACGCGCGCCUCCAUGCAUAACGUGUAUAUCCAGCAAACGGUCCAGUCGGGCAGUAGUAAUAAAAAGGGUGGCAUCAUGAAGGGCACUCGCGCCCUCUUGGCACAUCUCUCAUCGCAGACGCGACCCGACAAUGUCCAAGGAGAGCCCAUCCUUAUCGAGACAUCCGAAAAGCAGUUGGAGGAGCUGGUCAUCACACUGGAUAUUGGAAGAGCCCAUGCUCAGCUGCGACGCCUGAAGACCGAGGGCCAAUCCUGCACUCAGGACUCACCCAUCAUCGUCACCGCCAUUCCAGAACACAAGAGCAAAGUGCUGUUUGAAUGCCUUAAAAUGCCAGAAAGCACGGGCAUCGAAAGCAUUGGCUACAUUAUGUUCGAGUGUGGCUUGGAGGGAGUGGGUGUGAAGAUAGUAAAGCGUUCGCAUUUCGAAAAGUCCGAGAACAGCAAGGAGGAGCUAGCAGAAAUGGCAGGAGCUGGUGCAGCUGGAGGAACUUCCGGCGGCGGCUUUAAUCUAAAUGACCUGGUGGGCCAAGGAGACGGAGCAACAGCUUCCGGAGAUGGCGGAGCUACUUCAAAGGCUGAAGCUGCCUGGAGACUGAUAACUAAAAAGCCUCCGACUCCCAAAACUCCCAAGGAGAAGUUUCAACCAGCUUCAGACAGCAAUAUUGCGGGAGACAGCUCCUCUGCAGCUGAACAAAGAAAAUCCACACCCAAACCACCAGAUGAAGAUGUGGAGAAGGGACACAGUACAUCGAACGCACCGCCAGGAGCUCAAAAACCUACUGCGGCAACCAACUCCAAGGAUACCUACGACAAGGUUAGGUCCAAUGUCAAGGAAACGGAUAAGACUUCUUCUUGUGUGAUUGAACUGAAAGCGGUUUGGUUUAACUUUGCCGCUCCACCGUGCGUGCCUAUUACUCGUAAGAUCGAUCUGACGCGACUGGACUGGAAUCUUCUGAGCACUGCCUCACCGGCAAUCACGGCAUGGAUGAAUCCCAGCAAUCGACUGGCUAUCAAGAUCGUUUCCCUAAUGAAGGCUCUCCACACGAGGCAGACGGCAGUGGCUGCUUGUCUUAUGGCUGAGGCCAUGGAUAACGAGAAAAUCCAGAGAAACCCCAAAAUCAAGAAGAGUCGCUACGCCAAUAACUACACGCUGCUGUCGAAGACGCUGCAGGAGGAUCCCAGUUGCCAGCUGUGCUACAUUAUGCAGAAGUUGGUCCUGGACGAGGGUGUUCAGAGGAUUGAGUCGAUCUUUAAGCAACACGAUGUUCCACAUCUGAACACUCUGCGACAGGGCAUCAUUGUGCUGAGUCGACAGUGGAAGAACACCCUUUACAAUCCCAUUCUGUUUGAGCACCAGUACAAGAACAAGCUGGCCCGACCCAUCAACGUGACCUUUUCGUUCCCGCAGAACGAGGAGGAGGCGGAGAACGAUGAGUGCGAAGGUGAUGUUGAAAUGGGCGCCUUUGCAGGCGUCGGCGAGAAUCCGGAAGAGAGUGAGAAUGCUUUAUUACUUGGGCAAACACAGCAUCAUCGAACUCACAUUGAAAACAAUCAGUACGGAGGAGUACCUUAUGGUCAUGAGGCUGGAAACCACGGAACCGCCUCCCAGCGAUCUACUUCCACUUCGCCAAACAUACACCAUCCUCGUCGCGGCCUAAAUAAAGUGCACAGCAAAGCCUCGAAUUAUUCACAUGGCAAUUCAUCUCGUUCCAGCAUUCAGAUGCUGCCCAUUAUUUCUGGGCUGGUGGAGAAGCAGGUUCCGGAAUUCGAAUACGGCGCUUUGCAGGAAGGCUCAUUGAGUUCCACAAACUCGGUGAACAAAUUCUGGCUUGGUGCCGAGAACCACAAGGAGGAUUUGUACUUCUGGAUGGCCAAGCAGCAGGAUAACAAGAAAAAGCACUUCACCGAGAAGGAAAACGCACGCCCGGCUCCGCCAAAACUGCAUGGACAUGGAGGACAAACUCGCAGUGGCAUCAUGCAGGAUUCGAUUAAGCUGCUGGAUGCUCAUCUAAUCUUUGAACCACUGCUGACUUGCUUAGGAGUGAUGCCGCAGCAAAUGAUCAACAAGUUUUCCAAUGCUGACAUAUCUUCCCUGGAAAACUUUGGCACCAAUUUGUCCCUGAUCGGCACUUUUGAUUCCAUACGGGUGGACAUUGUGGUCAGCGAGGCUGGUGAUAAAAAGAACUCAUCCCAGAAACCAUCUAAGCUGAACAAGAAAUCAAACGGCGGCAGGGCCUCCAUAAUGAUGGACACUCCUUUGUUCCUAUGCGAGCGAGUGGGUGUGGAGUUGGAAGUUCUGAAAAUGUCUGAUGGCAUGGUGGAUCAGGCACGCCAGAAUGUCAUUUAUAUGUCGCGUCGCCAGCUGAAGAAGCACACCAGCACUGUGAUCAAUUUCAGCCUCAAUGUGAGAUUCAUAUCGCAGCAGGUUAAUAUGCCGCUGUUGAGACUGCUCCAUCAGAUCUGCAAUAUGUACCAAAACGUUAAGGAUGCCCAGAACGAGUUCCACGACCAGCCUGAGCUGAGCAAAAAGAGUCACACCAAAGAUGAGUGUAGUUUGGCUUCGGAACCCACCGACAUCCUGCCGUUUAACUCGCUAUCAGAACGCUUUGGCCAUGGAGAGAGCUAUUCGGAUGAACGCUACGACAAGUUCAACGAAACGAUGCCCACCAUGCUGGCAAGACCUCGUCCAGGUGGCUUGGCUCCCAUUAUCCAACUCACACCGUCUCCAAAUGCGAAGAACAGGCCCCAGAGUUUCGCCCAGAAGCUUCGCUCCACCGGGAAAUCCGUGAAGGGCAAGCUGGGCUACACGAAUCUGAAUGAGUCCAGUUCAUCGCCCCUAAGGGAUAGCCCGACAAUGUCGAUUCACGAACAGAAUAUCCUCAAAAUGACUACGGAGUCAAAGGCUUCGCUUAAUGGGGCCUGUGCCACCAGCGUCAGUGGGGACUACCAGAACACUCUGACCAAAGCGGGAAUGCCAACGAUGGCUCCUAUGUUGGAGACACCUAACUGCUGGAAGACCAUCUACCACCUAUUGGAGUUAUACGGAACAAUGCCGGAGACCAAGACUGUGGUUCAAAGGAGCUCGUUGAACGAGCAUAAGAGCAAGCCCGUAGGUUUCGCCCACGAUGAGGAUGACUUGGCCAGUGCUCCAACACCUCUGCCGCAGCACCGAGAGAUGCUGCUGGUAGAUGCGCCCUCCCAGGAGCGAACGCGUCUGAUUGUCUUCGGGGUGGCCAAGAUCCACAAAACUCGUCUGCUGGCCACGCUUUCCGGUCUGAAGCUAGAGUCGGAGAUUACCACUCUCAACAGCACGGCUACCUGGAGAAAGAAGGCUCGUCCUGUCUCCUUGGAGUGCUCUCUUACUGGACAAGUGGGACGGGCCAUGAUUGUAUUGCUUGAGGGAGUGGCUCCCAGUCAACAAACCGUGGUGAAGGUGACCGUAGGCAAAAGCCAGACUCUGUAUUCGAGCUUAUCGAAGCGGGGAAAGGAUAAGAACAGCGGCCUGCUGUCGAUUGGAGCUGUAAACAUAGACAUUCCGCAACAUCCAGUGGCCCUGCAUGGAAUGAUGACCCGAAGCUCUAAGCAGUUGUCGUCCACGCUCCAGGAGUUGCGUGUGAAACGUAAUUCCGGUCGGUCCACACUACGGACGCAUACGGCCGAGGAGCCAGAGUCGCCGUUCCAUGCCCGCAACUCUGGAGGUGCUAGCAGUGGCACAGGAGUGGCCAGUGAGAUGCGGGAGCGGACUGUUUCUGGCGGAGCGGGAGCCCAUCAGCAACCACAACAGGCAGCUCGUCGGGCAGCUCACAUGGCACAGUCGAGGACGGCAACAGCUCAGCACCAGAACGGAUUGCUCCAGCCUCUGGUCAUGCAGUUCAACGUGCUGUUGCAGAGUCUGUCCAUCAAUGCUGCUCUACUUCCCUCGCUACAGGCCCAGUACCGCAUGAAUCAUGUAAGCUCGAUGGGAGUAACCGGCCAAAGGGCGAAGUUUGUCAUUGAUCUGCCCACGCACACGCUAAGCUUUAAUACGAAGAUUCAGAACGAGAUGAACCUGCCAUCGGAGGCAUGCAUUGGCCUGCCACCUGUUCACGUUCUGGCAGAAUAUAUUCCAGAUCACCGCCAGGAUCACACUGAAACCGUCGAAGGCAUUGUCCUUCGCCAAGGUGGCUACGUGAAUGCCAGUGCCGAGAUCGGGGAGUUCGAGCGUUGUCUGACCACCGAUCUCCUAAACCAUUUGGUCUUCGUACAGAAGGUCUUUAUGCGGGAAAUCAACGAGGUGCUGCAAAAGGUCUACGGCGGCGAGAAGCCCGUUCCCCUGUGGACUGAGGAGAGUGGCGAUAACUCUGGAGCAGUCCAAGAGUCCUCGCUAAAGCGUAUCCUUUUCUCCAUUAACAUUUCGAUGAAGCGCAUCCAAUUGACGGCCACCACGCCUUGCUCUUCGGCGGUUCGUUUUGAAACCGGAAUCCUCGAGCUGCAACUCUCGAAUCGAGUCAAGAACCUGGGGGACAUGAGCAACCGCAAGCUCUUCUUCAAGGCUCACAUCGAUUUCAAUCUAUCCCUGGGACAGAUCAUACGUAAUGUGAUUUUUGACGAGGCCGAGCCCGAGUUCCAGCAGUACGCCUUCUUCCACACCACCAUCAAUUUGAGGAAUGCCUUCCAAGACGAACUGCUCAACGAGGAUAAGGAGUUGAUUCUGCUAACCCUCAAGAGACCACUGGUUUAUGUCCAGCCCAUUGCCGUGGACAAGGCCAUCCUCGUGUGGCUCAACUACAAGAAUGCCUACGAGUAUUGGGCGGAAAAGCGUGCGAAUCUCUGCAAUGAACACACCCAGCACAGCCAGUUCGGUCAGUACUCGGGGCAGCAUCAGAACCAGAAUCUGCAGAACCCACAGGUGUUCGAUCGCGUGGCCUUUGGCCAGAUAGCCGGCUCCAAUUUGUCCACGCUCUUCCUUCAACUCACGGUGGAGGACAUGGGUAUCUGCCUACCUCUGAAACAGGUCAACACCACGACAUUCGGCUCCCGGUCCUAUCAAGACUUUGAUGCCAAGGGCGCUGUGGUGAUCACGCUAGAGAACACAAUAAUCUCGGCCUGCAACUCGGGAGCCUUGGUGUCCAAGGGCAAGUUUCAGGGAUUGUGCCUGCGCUUUGCCGAUGACUUUGAAACCAAUCUGGAUGACUGGAAACCCAACAGUGCAGAGCCAAUCAUGAACGUGUGCGUUGUGUCCGAGGGAACCUUCGAGGUCUGUUCCCGCACCACAGCUGCCAAGAAGGGCGAGAACGCCAAGUGGCUGCUGAAUGUGAAAUGGCAAAUGGAGGGUGUAGACAUCCAUCUGGAUGUCAAUAUUGGCAAACAGCUCAGUUCAUUGGGUCACACUCUUACCAUGCUCACGGGCUUCGAGGAGGAUGAGACUCAAAUGGAAUCACCCGACAGCGAUGAAGGAGAUCAGAGCUGCAGAGAUACUUUUGUGCGAAGAAGAGGGGACUUCGAUAACUUGCCAUCGUUUGUUUUCGAUCCCACAAUUGAUUCUAAGAAGCGUUCGUUUAUGAUGGAGAAGGAAAUGGCCGAACAGCUAAAGAUCAUCAACGAUCUACGCACUCUGGGAGCCUCACAUAAUACAGUGGCCCAUGAGGAGAGGCGACUGCAGGAGCUGCAAGCCAUUUGUUACAAGUAUUUCCGCAGAGAUAUGAUCCAGAAGUGGAAGAGACCUUCACUGCGAAGGUCUCUGAAGAACUACGGUCGUUCGCAUUCGUACAUUGGAGCGGGAUCGUCGGUAGUCGGUGUAGGUGUUCCCCAGACCAUGGACAAUGGAAGCUAUGCAGGCAGAAGACUGGACACUAUUGCAUCCAAUGAUGAGAUAUCUAGCCUGCAGAGCACACCGGCAUCCUGUCACUCCCGCAGUGCUUCCCUAAAACAUACUGGGGGAGGAAAUAAUGCUCUAGGGAGAGUGACCUUUACGGAGGCCAUGCGACAGACUUCACUACCCAAUGCAGACACGGAUACGGAGACGGCUGACAAUGAGCUUGAUUGGCGAGGUGACAUUACGCCCAGUGAGAUAGAUGUUGACGGUACAUCCGUGGAGAUGCGACGCAAGCAUGGUCACGGUCAGAAACAACCGGAGCCUAACAUCGACUUUGAGCUGGACAUUAAGGUACUGGUAAACUCUGGAAAGUGCGUGCUGCAUACGAAGGAUACUGGAGAGGAGCGAGCCCAAGGAUACGCGGGUGGGUCAGGAGCAGCAGCAGGAGGAGUACCUGCUUCGAGUGUAAAAUCACAUAAGCGGGAAAGGAGCAUAGGAAACGAUUGGGGCAGUCCAACUCCUUCGAGAAGACAGAGGGACAAGAGCAAGCUACGGUAUAAUGCCAACGCGUUGCUGGCCGAUCUCACCAUCUUCCACAUCCCAGGAUUAGAUGUAAAGCUUCACUACCAAUCAAAAACCUUGGCGGAGCAAUUAACUGGAGAUCAGGUGCCACAGGGUCGCCGAAUGGGCAGCAAGCGAGCUACUUUGUGCGCCUGGAUGACCCUACAAAGUAUCCCAGAGGAAACUAUCAUAUCACCUCAUAUUCUGGAAUUCCUAGAACAGACUUUAGAGCCGAUUCCUGCUCGACAAUCCAGUAGUGUUCCACCAACUCCAUCCCACAACACAGCCGUUAAUCUGGACAUACUGCCUGCCAACUAUGUGACUUAUGCUUCAUUUCCGGUGGAUGUUAUAGUUUACUUCCAUAUGCAACCUUCUACCUUCAGAUUUAGUUGUCUGCCAGUUUCAAGAGUGGAAUGUAUGCUCCAGCUGCCCAGUUUGGAUAUCGUAUUCAGUUCGAAGCGAAGCAGUGACGAGGAGAACCCAGCACAGCCAGGAAAUCAUGCCCAUCCAGAGCAGCAGUUGCCCACGGGUGGACUGAGUGUCACCGGCUGCCUGGCCGACUUUAAUGUGUUCAUCUUCCACCCGUAUGGUGGCAAAAAGACUUCCAAGGAGACACAGUUUUCACCUCUGAGCGACAGUGAGAGGAAGGAUUCGUUGAGUAUCAAUGUUGAGUUUGUCAAGUUCCACAUCACGCGCUGCAGAAAGGUGUACAUUGAACCGCUGCCCAGUUCCAAGAGAUCACUUGAUCAAUCACGAGCCGUCAUACGAUUCUCUACCAUUGUGGAUAUUGGAAGUGCCAGUUUUAAAUACGAUAUGAGGAGAUUGACGGAGAUUCUAGCCUUUCCCAAGGCUUGGUAUCGCAGGAGGAUUGUGCGAAGGCUCUUCCUGGGCGAUCUUAGUGUGCAACAGCAGCAACAACAACAACAAGGAAAUGGAGCAGAAACCCCCACUGGUUGCCCACCUGCAACACCAACGCCCAGUGAAGACGCCGGUAGGGCCAAGGAUAAAAUGCGCCUAGACUUUGAUGGUCAACCGUCGCAACAGCAGCAACUUGGACACUUUGGAGCUGUAAGGCAACUGAAAAACCUGGGCAAGUCGUCUAGCGCCGAAUCGUCCGGAACUCCCCCCUCUGAAAAGAAUCAAAUCACGGCCUGGGAAACGCUGGUUAUAUUUGCAGUUAACUUCACCAAACUGAAUGUGCAAAUGAACAUUGGUAAUGUGUGUGGCAAUGUUGUAUGGCUCACGAAAGACUUUCAAUCAGAUGGACGCCUCUCCAUCGGCAGCACUGGCUACAAGAACAUGUAUGCCGGCAUCUAUUUAGGAGGAUCAGCCCUAGAUGCCAAGGGUGGUAUAGUGGGUGGCAGCUUUGAGGUGAACAAGAUUAACAAACGAUUCCACAUCAAGGAGGAGGCCGGCAUGGAGCCCUACCACACCAUGGGACUGAGUUUUAUGGCCCUGGAGCUAAGACUAGACUACAUGGGAACAUCUGUGUUGAUGACCCGGAUUAGUAGCUUCUCUGCUGCCAUGAAGGAUGAAUGGCGCACUGCCUCACAGGCGGCAGCAGCUCCGUCCCAUGGCAAGGAUCAACCCAGAGCACUGAUCUUUAUCCAUGGUGAUCUUAGCUGGGAUCAACUGCAGAUCAUGAUAAGCAAGUCCACAACCGCAGAUCUGCUCAAGAUGUACUUCAAACUAGAGGAGUUCUUUACGCAGCAGUUUAAGUCCUCCAAGAGGGUGUUCUCCAGUCUGGAGCCACGCUUGCAGGAUCGUACUGCCAGUAUCAAGAGGCGGCAGCAGCUGAAAAAGAAGCUGGCAAACGGAGAGCUUGUUGCACCUGUUCAAAUUCAGGGUUUGAUUGGCGAAAAUACAGACGCACGUCAUCACCGCCAUUGGCAGAAGCCACUGGCGCAGGCCGUGGGUCUGGUGGUGCCUUCCCUAGUGACCCGUUUGCCACGCCAUGGUAAUGUGCUGGGUGGCACUGUCGAGCUCCGAGGGCAGAACAUCUCCUUGGCCUGCUUCCACGGCAUUAACUUUAAGUCGAAGUCGUGGGCUCUGUUCAGCUUGAGAUCCCCAUCCAUCAACUUUGCCACGGAGGCGCGGCAGAGCGAAGACGAAGUGCUGGUCACCCAGACACUCACCUCUUCUUUGGGACAGACGACAGAGGUGCAGCAACAGCAGAACCAUUCUAUGGCCAUCGUCAGUCGCAUCACCAGGAACAUAAUUUUCCCGCCUCAGUUCAAGACGCUUAAUGAGUGGUUCCACUAUGCCUUUGCUAACAGUGAGAUUGAUGCUGUGGAUCGCUUCCCCAUGCUGGAAUGCGAACGGGAGAUCGCCUCAAAUUCUAUAGAACGAACACGGGCCUCUGGGAGCAGCAGCGCGGCCAAGGCGCAGGAGCACAACCACAACCGCGAGGUCAUCUUUGCCCUGCCCAGCCUGCAGCUGCAUUUCAAGACUGAGCACAAACAGGGACCAACCACACCAGAGCCAAGUGAGACCAAACCAGAAGUCUUGUGCAGCUUCAUCACCGAGUUCGAUGACCACAUCUUUGUGACCGUCGAUGCGGACGCAUUCUUCUUCCUGCACGAUCUCAUCACCUCCUAUGUGACUGAAAAGGAGAAGGUGAUUGGAGCUCAGUCGGCGAGGGCAGCCUCGCCCAAUCUCUCGCAGAAGGCCAACCUGAAGCCAUAUCUGACCGACGAGAUACUCAAGGAGAAGAAGGGCGCCUCCAACACGAACCUGACUGCCCAGGGCAAGCAGAUGAGCGCCAGCAAGAGCAGUCUGGAACCGUUGCAGGGCAGCCACACAAGCCUAGCGAACACUGCUGCCAAUACGUCGGGAGCAGCGACAACGAACACGUCGACAGCCACAUCAACAGCCACCACCUUGUCGCCCGGAACGGCAGCUGCUGGACCUUCGACAGGCGCCUCCAGCGACGCAACUGAUGGCAAGCAGCCGCAACAGGAGGGCGCUGCGCCCACCUUUGAUCUCGAAUCGUUUGUGCGCGACUGGCGGCACUUUGAGUGUCAGACUUGGCACUUGGAGCCCACAGUGCGCCUACUCUCGUGGGCGGGAAAGUCCAUUGAGCCAUAUGGCGUUGACUAUAUCCUAAACAAACUGGGCUUCAGCCACGCCCGAACUACCAUACCCAAGUGGCUGCAGCGCGGAUUUAUGGAUCCGCUGGACAAGGUGCAGGCCCUGAUGAUGCUGCAACUACUGUUGAUGGUGCGCGAGAACAAAGUUGAGCGGGAUGGUGGGGCCAGUGGAAGUGGAAGUGGCAAGCAGCAACAGCAGAACCAUCGACCACCAACGAAUUAGCCAUGGCAGAAAAACAUCUAUGACAACUGACAAUUACCCAAAGUCCUUCGAUUUAGUUUAAGUAGCGCUGUAUAGAUUUUUCACCCGUGUAAAGUUUUUUAUUAUUUAUUACCCAGGUUGACCUAGCAUGCUUUAAAAUUAAAACUCGCGGUAUUAUUUGGCCAGUAGGCAGCUUCUUAUACAAUGUAAAUGGUUUGCUCUCGUUUCCCUACUUUUUAAGCAUAUCUGUAUACUCUUUUUAUAGGUGUAAAGUCAAGUGCUUCGUGUAAUUUGCUCAAUUUUGGCGCUUUGUAACUAUUAUUACAUGGUUUUGUUAUUCUAGGAUUUACUAUGCAACAAUGAGCAAAGCAAAUGUGUUUAAACUAUAAGUAGCCCUAAUUGAAUAUACAUUAUUAUAUAUAAAAACAAUAAAAAA